GCAGUCAGCAGGCGAGAUGUUGGAAGGUACCCGUGAUUGAUUCGAGGCGGCGGUGUGAUCAGGUGGAAAUCGGCUUUAUUUAUAGGAAUGAUUGGUAAAGAUAGUUAAAUAUAGAGACGCGACCAGGAUCAGGAUGGUGUCGUGGAUUAUUUCCAGGAUGGUGGUCCUGGCGUUCGGGACCCUGUACCCAGCGUACUCCUCCUAUAAGGCGGUGAAGACGAAAAACGUCAAGGAGUAUGUGAAGUGGAUGAUGUACUGGAUCGUGUUUGCUUUGUUCUCUACAGCUGAGACGGUCACAGACAUGUUUCUGUCCUGGUUUCCGUUUUAUUUCGAGCUGAAGAUCGCCUUCGUCGUCUGGCUGCUCUCGCCGUACACCAAGGGCUCCAGCGUGCUCUACCGAAAGUUUGUGCACCCCACCCUGUCCAACAAAGAGAAGGAGAUCGACGAGUACAUCACCCAGGCCAAGGACCGCAGCUACCAGACCACCAUGCGUUUUUGGAAGAGGGGGCUGAACAUCGCGGCCACGGUGGCGGUCUCGGCGGCCGCUAAGGGUCAGGGCGUGCUGUCGGAGAAGCUGCGCAGCUUCAGCCUGCAGGAUCUGACGCUCAUCCAGAACGAGGAGGAGCUGCUGGAUGGUGUUGAUGAGACCCACGCUGCUGCUACGCUCCCCCGCGCCAAAACACGCACAGCACGAGCCCCGCCCAUAACGGCAGACAGCGAAUCACAGCUCAGUUCCCGGCCUGAUGCCGACCAGUCUGAUAGCCGGACGGAGCAGUCGGAGGAAGAUGCUGCUGAUAAAAUGAUCAAGAGGGCGCCGAGCGUCAGAGCGGCCAAGAAACCAGCCGCUGCUAAGACUGAGGUGACCAAGACGGUGAAGAAACAGCCGAAGAAGAAGAGCACGGCUACGAGCAACACCGCCGAGACGCCGCCUUGAGAUCCAGAGUCCCACACACACACACACACACACACACACACACACACACACGUCCAUGCUUACAGGUUCUCGAUCAUCUACAUCAUUAUGGUCCUCCUACAUCCCAUAAUAUGCUCACUUAGCCCGUAUGCAUGAGCCACCACCAUCAUAGUAUCUCCUCAGAUCCCAGUUCCCCCAGUUUUAGGACGUCACGUCUUCCAGUCACGGGUCUGGUUUUCUUUUCUCGGCACGUAGGGCGCCCCCUGUGGGACGUUUGGCGGAUUUCAGAGCUGCGAGCACAACUCUGACCUCACUUGCCGCCGCCGCCGAACAUCAUCCGUCACCACGCCCGGAACUGUCGUCGAAAAUAGUCCUCACCUCGCGUUCCUCCCCUCAGCCUCGCGCGGCUGACCUCACAUCUUAACACGUUAGGUUUUAAUCGGGAUUUUAGCCUCAUAAUAAACGAUUGUAGCUUAUCAUCGGCCUGCAUCGGAACCCUAACGGCUCAGGCCGGGCAGUUCGGCUUCUCGUGAAUGUGUCGGUGUACUGGCGUCUCCGAGUCGCCCUUCUACGCUCGGAAACGCGGCCUGUGAGCCGCACGCAUGUCGUUUUUAUUCAUUUUAAAUCAAUAAAACGCUGCUGUCAGGA